GUCGGGUUGGGGGGAAAUGGGCGCUGCGACUCAGCAUGCACACUUUUAGGGCGCAGCAGAUUCCGGUUUCAUGUGCGGCGACCCCAUGCAGGAGCUUCAUAUUGCCGUGACCCACCACUUGGUCUGUGCACUCCCACCAGCACCGCAGUGGUCCAGUGGCCGACAGUCCUUCUUCAUUUAUUCUCUUGGAGACGCGCACGAAACGAGUCACCAUGCCGAAAGUUCUGGUACCGGCGACCGAUGACAAGAUGCGGGCCUUUGCCGAGCAGAUCUUUGCAUCUGAGACCAAAGGCGAGGACAUCCGCGAUGAGAUCUCCGUCUUUGACGUGCCAGAGGACUGUCCCAUCCUCCACCAUGAAAUGGCACACCACUUGCAUACUGAUGAUGAUCUUGAGAAGCGCAAAAAGCGCUUUCGCUUCGGGGCAGUGCCAAGGGCUGCUGCCCAGACAUCAGCGGUCCCUGAGGUGUCUGUGGAUGGGAACGUCCCCACCUACCUGGAAGUGCCGGACUUCCAAAGGGUGGCCAUUCUCGGGGACUACGCUUCUGGGGUGACAAUGGACGACUUUGAGAUUUCCUGCAGCGGACUGUACCGUGCGUUGAGCAUCAGAGAGAAGUACAUGAGGCUGGCCUACCAGCGCUUCCCACAGACGGCCUCACAGUGCCUCCGUGACAUCGAGGGCCAGACCUUCAAGGUGGAGGACCAGGUGCAGCCCGUCUUCACAGCUCCGUCAAAGAAGGAGGAAGAUCCGUUCGAUACCGCGAACCUGCCAGAGAAUCUGGGCUAUGUUGCACGCAUGAAGGAUGGCGUCAUCUACGUGUACGACGACGCCAAAGCUGCAGACAAACAUCAGCCCAGAAACCUGCCGUGUGUCAACUACACCACCUUCAUUGACGACAUGAACUUUCUCAUUGCUCUCAUCGCGCAGGGUCCCACGAAGACCUACACUCACCGUCGUCUGAAGUUCCUCAUGUCCAAGUUCAACGUGCAUGAGAUGUUGAAUGAGAUGGAGGAGCUGAAGGAGCUAAAGAAGAACCCCCACAGGGAUUUCUACAACUGCAGGAAGGUGGACACUCAUAUCCACGCCGCUGCCUGCAUGAACCAGAAACAUCUCCUACGAUUCAUCAAGAAGUCGUACCGCGUGGACGCAGACCGCGUCGUGCAAAAUCUCAAAGGCAAAGAGGUCACCCUGAAGGAGCUCUUUGAGUCCCUUCACUUGCAUCCGUACGACCUCACUGUGGACUCGCUGGACGUGCACGCUGGCAGACAAACCUUUCAGCGUUUCGACAAGUUCAAUGCCAAGUACAAUCCUGUGGGAGCCAGCGAGCUGCGUGACCUCUACAUGAAGACGGAGAAUCACAUCAAUGGAGAAUACUUUGCCACCAUCAUUAAGGAAGUCGCCAGCGACCUGGAGGAUGCCAAGUAUCAAUAUGCCGAGCCUCGUCUAUCGAUUUACGGCUGCACGGCCAACGAGUGGAAAAACCUGUCCAGCUGGUUUGUCAAGCACAGGGUCUACUCCCCUAACCUCAAGUGGAUGAUUCAAAUUCCCAGGAUCUAUGACAUCUUCCGAGGCAGGGACUUUGUCCCGCACUUUGGUAAGAUGUUGGAGAACAUUUUCCUCCCCGUGUUCCAAGCCACCAUUGCCCCGAAGUCCAACCCCGAGCUCAGCAUCUUCCUCAAGCAUGUGACAGGUUUCGACAGUGUGGAUGACGAGUCCAAGCACAGUGGUCACAUGUUCAGCAUGAAGAGUCCCAAACCAGAAGAGUGGGACAUUGCUAAGAACCCGUCUUACACCUACUACAUCUAUUACAUGUAUGCCAACAUCGUUGUGCUCAACCAACUGCGGAGACAACGGGGGAUGAACACAUUCACGUUCAGGCCUCAUUGCGGUGAAGCCGGCGCCAUCACUCAUCUGUUGGCCGCCUUCAUGACUGCUGACAACAUCUCCCAUGGCCUCAACCUGAAAAAGAGUCCGGUGCUGCAGUACCUGUACUACCUGACCCAGAUCCCCAUCGCCAUGUCCCCCCUGAGCAACAACAGUCUGUUCCUCGAGUACGCCAAGAACCCCCUGCUGGAGUUCCAAAAGAAAGGCCUGGUGGUCUCCCUCUCCACCGACGACCCCAUGCAGUUCCAUUACACCAAGGAGCCUCUGAUGGAGGAGUAUGCCAUUGCAGCGCAGGUUUUCAAGUUGAGCACCUGCGAUAUGUGCGAGAUCUCCAGGAACAGUGUGCUGCAGAGCGCACUGUCGCAUGAGGAGAAAAGUCACUUCUUGGGUCAGGACUACCUGAAAGAGGGACCGGAAGGGAACGACAUCCGUAAGACCAAUGUGGCCCAAAUACGUAUGGCGUACCGCUAUGAGACCAUCUGCUACGAGCUCAACCUCAUCAAAGAGUGUAUGAAGGCGGAAUAAAACAAACUCAUGAAGGAAA